GGUUGCAAGCUUUAUGGCCACUCCAAUUAGGGUUUAAGGGAGGUUUUUGUGUUUCUCAGUUGAUUUUCUUUCAAUCUUGUCAGUUUAUUGCAUAGAAGGCAAGAAGCCUUGCUGCGGGUGCGUAUGGUUUCUGUUGGUUCAAAAGCUCUAGCGUUAAGAAGAGACAGGAAUUGUUGUAAUUUGGUGGAAGAUAACUUGAUGGGCAGGGAGGAUAAAUCAUAUAAUCAGGGCAGAAAGAAAAAGGGUAUGAGCAGGAAGGCCAAGAAUGACAGUUUUGGUUUUGAUGCUGAUAAUUCCAACAAAAGUGUUUCUGGGCGGGCGACUGAUGGAACUGCGAAACCCAAAAAGUCAUCAAAAUAUCAAAAUACUUUCUCAGAGCCACAACCAUCAAUUGUAAGGAAACAGGUUGAUCCUGAAACAACCAAAUAUUUUUCAGAGAUUGUAAAUCUGUUUGAAAGUGAUGGCGUUGAUUUGGAGGAGCGUCCGGUUAUAUGUGGCAAUGCUCUUGAAGAAGCUAGAGGCAAAGAAUUUGAGCUGGCAACUGAUUAUUAUAUAAGCCACACUCUGCAAAUCCUGCUCGAGGGCUGUAAUGUGGACCAUCUUUGCGAUUUCCUCCGAGGCUGUGCAAAGGUCUUUCCUUUAAUUUCAAUGGAUAGGUCCGGUUCUCAUGUUGCUGAGACAGCUCUCAAGUCGUUAGCUAUGCAUCUUCAGGACGAUGAGGCUUAUUUUGUUAUUGAAGAGACUCUAACUAAUAUAUGCAAGGUAAUUGUAGCUAGUCCUGUUGAUAUGAUGUGUAACUGCUAUGGAUCUCAUGUUUUCCGAAGUCUUCUUUGUCUUUGUGGAGGAGUGCCAUUAGAUUCCCCAGUGUUCCAUCGAGCAAAACCAUCAAUGAUUCUGGCAGAGCGUUUGAACCUCAGCACUUCUUCAGCCCCUGGGAACAAUUUAUCACAUCAUCAUCAAGGAUUUCCUGGUUUACUCAAGUUUCUUGUAUCAGGAAUGUUGAAAUGUAGUGAAGAAGAUGUGAAAUACCUUCUAGUUGAUCAGUACAGCAGUUUGGUUUUCCAGACAGCUUUGAAGUUACUUGCUGGGCAUGAUCAACAGUUGUUACAGAUAAUUCCGGUCCUACUCGACUGCAGAAAAGAAAAUUUAACAGAAGGAAACUUCAUAGAAAUGACAGCGGUCAGUGACAUUGUAGAAUUGAUGAAAGAAGCUGCAUAUAGCCACCUAAUGGAGGUAAUCCUGGCAGUGAGUCCUGAAAGCUUGUAUGAUGAAAUGUUCACAAAGAUUUUCAGGAAAUCUCUAUUUGAGCUUUCAUCCCAUCAGUGUGGCAAUUUUGUUGUUCAAGCCUUAGUUUCUCAUGCAAGAGAUCAGGAACAAAUGGAGUUUAUCUGGGAGAAACUUGGUCCAAAAUUUAGGGAUCUUCUUGAAAUGGGGAAGUCAGGAGUUAUUGCAUCUCUUAUUGCUACAAGUCAAAGGCUUCACACACAUGAACAUGAGGUCUGUAAGGCCCUUGCUGAUGCAGUAUGUUUGCCAAAUGAGUCUCCUAGAUCUGUUGUUGAUCGAAUAUUGUUUCUUGAAAGUUACUUUGCUUGUGUGGAAAAAUCCAAUUGGAAGUGGCCAAGCGGUGCCAAGAUCCAUGUUAUGGGCUCUCUGAUUCUGCAGGCAGUUUUUAAAUUUCAUAAUCAACUCAUACAGCCUUAUAUAAUGAGUCUCACAUCCAUGGAAGUUGACCAUGUCCUUGAAGUUGCAAAGGAUGUAGGGGGAGCUCGUACAAUCGAAGCAUUUCUAGAUUCCGAUGCGUCUGGAAAACAAAAGCACAGGCUAAUUAAUAAGUUACGGGGACAUUUUGGAGAGCUUGCAAUGCACUCUUCCAGUUCAUUUACUGUUGAAAAGUGCUUUAGUGCCAGUAAUUUGUCACUAAGAGAAGCUAUAGCAUCAGACUUGUUAUCCGUGCAAAGUGAGCUUCCUAAGACCAAGCAAGGCCCUUACCUCUUAAGAAAAUUAGAUAUUGAUGGAUAUGCUAACUGGCCUGAUCAGUGGAGAUCAAGACAGGCUUCGAAACAAUCAACUUACAAAGAAUUUUAUGCUGCAUUUGGAUCUGGUGAGGCCAAGUCAUCAAAAAGUGACUCCUUCCUUGCUGAUACUUCCAAGAGCACAUCACUCGCAAUAGGAGUAAAGAAUGUGAGGAAAGAGAUUGAUCAUCAUUUGGCCUCAUCAGAGAAAUAUGCAAAGCAUGCUGUGGUUGAUGAUGUCAUGAAAGUGAAAAACAAGAAGCACAAGAAGGGUCAUGGUGGUGCCUCUGAUGAGAAAGCAACAGGUAGUGUAAAUCAGAAACCUUUUCUGUCUGUUGACCUGAAGAAGAACAAACGACACGGACAAGAGGAGCAAUCAAAAGCUUCAAGAAAGAAGUUAAAAGUUUGAUGGUAUGAAUUCUCUAAUUCUGACACUUUUGUAAGGCCUCACUUGAUAUAGUGUAGCAAAUUAGUUGCAAAGAUUGUUUGAGUACUGGAGUGGAGGUGCAAGUUCUGUUACUUAAUAGUAUUUUUAUCUUUCUCUUAGCUUCAAAUUUUGUUCAGUAUUAAGAGUAUUUUGCUUUAGACUGGAAUGUGUGAAUCAUAGACCUUUUCAAAUAACAGAUGAAAUUAUCAUUUACUAUUA